UUCCCUCCGAAGAAUUGGCACUUGACCACUUUGUCCAAACAGCCCGUUUCAUUCUCCCACUUUUCUCUCUCACCAAUUUAUGCCCAUUUCACACUCCUCUUCCUCCUUAUAAAUCUCAACUGCAUACAAAUCCAUUUCUUCACUGACAGAAAAAUAAAUCUCUAAAAAUGCCUUCGUAUUUCUCUCUUCUCUUUCUCACUCUGUUUUUUGUAUCUGUGUCAUCAACUGUUAAGUCUAAUGAUGCUGAUAAUUUCUUAUCUUCUGAUCCGAAAUUUCCAAUUACAAUGGCGGAAAAGUUAAUCAGACAGCUUAAUUUAUUCCCUAAACAUGAAAUCAACAAGGCAACAGAGGAUUCUGGAGCAGCUACUGAACAGGGUCUUUUUGAGAAGAAAUUGAAUUUAUCUUAUAUUGGUGAUUCUGGAGCCACUGUUCAGAAUUUGGGUCAUCAUGCUGGUUAUUAUCGUCUUCCACACACUAAAGAUGCAAGGAUGUUUUAUUUUUUCUUUGAAUCGAGGAGCAGGAAGAAUGAUCCAGUUGUUAUAUGGCUAACAGGAGGGCCAGGAUGUAGUAGUGAAUUGGCUGUGUUUUAUGAAAAUGGACCUUUCAAAAUUGCAGACAACAUGUCUCUUGUCUGGAAUGAUUUUGGCUGGGACAAGGUUUCAAAUCUUAUAUACGUUGAUCAACCAACUGGAACUGGAUUUAGUUAUAGUUCAAAUGAAGAGGACAUUCGUCACGAUGAAAGGGGCGUAAGCAAUGAUCUUUAUGACUUCUUACAGGUCUUCUUCAAGUCACAUCCUGAGUAUGCAAAAAAUGAUUUCUUUAUUACUGGAGAAUCAUAUGCUGGGCAUUACAUUCCUGCAUUUGCUUCUCGGGUUCACCAAGGAAACAAAAACAAAGAAGGAAUCUACGUAAAUCUCAAGGGAUUUGCCAUUGGUAAUGGACUCACUGAUCCAGAAAUCCAGUACAAAGCCUACACUGACUAUGCUCUGGAUAUGAAGUUGAUCAAAAAAUCUGAUUACAAUGUCAUAGAGAAGACAUAUCCAAAAUGUCAACAGGCAAUUAAGCUUUGUGGAAAAGGUAGCGGAGUUGCUUGUAUGGCUGCAUAUCUUGUAUGUACAAGCAUCUUCAACAAGAUUAUGAAUAUUGCUGGAGACAAAAACUACUAUGAUGUGCGGAAGAGAUGUGUGGGUGAUCUGUGCUAUGACUUCUCCAAAAUGGAAACUUUCCUGAAUGAUCAAAAAGUUAGACAGGCCCUUGGUGUUGGGGAUAUUGAAUUUGUUUCAUGUAGUUCUGAAGUAUACCAGGCAAUGCAAUUAGACUGGAUGAAGAAUCUUGAAGUGGGCAUUCCUUCACUUCUUGAAGAUGGUAUCAAGCUACUUGUAUAUGCAGGAGAAUACGACCUUAUCUGCAAUUGGCUCGGGAAUUCAAGAUGGGUGCAUGCAAUGAAAUGGUCAGGGCAAAAUGCCUUUGGAAAAGCCCCAUCAGUUUCUUUUGCAGUAGAUGGUGUAGAAAAAGGAGUUCAAAAGAACCAUGGGCCUUUAACUUUCCUUAAGGUCCAUGAUGCAGGUCACAUGGUACCAAUGGAUCAGCCCAAAGCAGCACUGGAAAUGCUUCAGAGGUGGAUGCAAAAUAAACUGUCUAAAGAAGAUCAUCUUGCUCCUAUGUGAACAAGCUUUAAAAAUUAGAGCCAUAAACAUUACUGAGACAUAAUUACAAAAAAAAAAGAAAAGGUUUCAUAUAUCUCUCCAGAAAAUUAAUUAUAGUAAUCAUGUAAAUCACAGUUUCGUGUUACUCUACAAUCUAUCAAUGAAAUGAUUUUACUUUGAGGAAAAUAACGUUCUGAAAAAACUAU